AUGCUCAAGAAUUCAUCUUGGAAACUCGACGAAACCAACCUGGCCAACUUUGGGUCCGAACUCGAAAGGGAACAUCGCAAGACUGAAGGAGCUCUUGAGACAGCCUGGAACUAUGAAGGUUCCCCUAUCGGCCAUGAAGUUGGUAUGUGGAUCUGGCGCGUGCAAAAUUUCAGCUUGACCACUGUUCCAAAGAGCCAAUACGGCCAAUUUUAUCAAGGCGAUAGUUAUAUCGUUCUCAAGUCUACCAAGAAGGAGAAUACCGACGGAUUGAUCCACAACAUCCAUUUCUGGCUCGGUUUAGAAACGACUCAAGAUGAAGCAGGCACAGCUGCUUAUAAAACAGUAGAACUAGAUGACUUCUUGGACACUUUUGCUGUUCAGCAUCGUGAGGUUCAAAAGAGAGAAUCUCGUCUUUUUUCCAGCUACUUUAGAGCCAUUACCUAUCUUCAAGGUGGUUUCGACAGCGGUUUCAAUCAUGUAGAGGAAGAAGAGCUUCAUACCAGAUUAUUGCGUAUCCACAAGCCCAAGCAAUUGGAAGGUUCUCGUACUAGAAAUGCAGUUGUCAUCUCUGAAGUAGCAUUGAGCCAUGAAAGUUUGCGCUCGACAGCUGUAUUUGUGCUUGAUACAGGAGAUAUCGUCUACCAAUGGCAGGGAGAGAAUGCAAAUGGUAUUGAAAGAGCCAAGGCGGCUGAAUUUAUCUCUCAAUUGAUCUCUGAGCGUAAUGGAAAGGGAGAAAUGGUCAUUGUUGAGCAAGGAUCUGGCAGUGGUGAACGUGAUUUCUAUGAGGCAUUGGGCUCUAAUGGCACGAUAGCUGAUGAUGACGAGGAGGAGACUGAAGAUGAAGAAGAAGGCGAGCAGGUGGAUGGCAACAAGAAACUAUUGCGCCUUAGCAGUUCUGGACCAUUUGGUAUGGGUCACUUGAAAUUUGAGGUUGUGGCUGAAGGCACCAUUUCCAAGGACAUGUUUGAUACAAAUGAUGUAUUUGUAUUUGAUGUUGGACAUCAAGUGUACACAUGGAUUGGACACAAGGCCAGCCGCAAAGAACGCAGACAUGGGCUCGAAUAUGCCCAAAAGUAUGUGAAAGAAUGUCCAGGACGCUCUGCAUUUACACCCAUCUGUCAGGUGGUUGAGGGCGGAGAAGAUGAAUUAUUCGAGGCUAGCUUAGAAGGUUGGCAGGGAUGGUAA